GCUCGCGCACGUCGCCGUGUACGGCCACUGCAAGCACAAGCACCCAGCAUUGCUGUAUCGUUGUGGAAACUGUUCCAUAAAACGAGAACAGAACGAAUUUGCAUCGAUAGCGGUGCUCAGCUACUGCAAAACAAAGGCUGCAACACGGCACACGAGCCGUAGCACUCGACUCGUCGCGCGUGACCAACAACAAACACUGCCAAGAUAAUGUCCUUCGCCGCCGUCACGGGUCGAGCCGUCCGCUGGGGCGUCAUGGGCACGGGCACGAUCGCGCACGACUUCGUCAAGGUGCUGCAGGCGCUACCAAAUUGCGAAGUCGCCGCCGUCGGCUCGCGGUCGGACGAAGGAGCAGCUAGAUUUGGGGAUGCGCAUAACAUUAGUGGAAGGCAUGGCUCCUAUGAAAGUUUAGCGCGGGACGACUCGUUGGACAUCGUCUACGUCGCGACGCCGUCGAUGCGCCACGUCGACGACUCGUUGUUAUGUCUUGAGGCCGGGCGCCACGUGCUCUGCGAGAAGGCCAUGGCGCCCUCGCUCCAAGAAGCGAAGAAAGUAGUAGAUAAAGCGGUAGCCGAGGACCGCUUCUUUUUACACGGCGUGUGGUCGCGGUUUUUCCCAGCCAUGGCCGAGAUCCGCAAAACACUCCGGAGCGGUAUUAUUGGAGACGUCUACGCGGCGCACGCGUCCUUCGGCCAGAAUGAUGGGGCGGGGCAAGCUUCCGCCACGUUGGAAACGGGUAUUUACUGCGCGCAGUUUCUGCAGUGGGCAUUUGAUGGAGAUGCUCCCGAAUCUGUGGAAGGUGUAUCUUAUUCUUUAGCGGAUUCCGGUCUAGAUCAACAUGUGGGCGCCUUGCUACGAUUCCCGGGCGACCGCAUCGGCACGUUCGAGUGUUCAUUAAGGCACCCGACGCCGCGCGGCGCGACGAUUUGUGGUAGCAAGGGCGUUUUGCAGGUGCCGUUCCCCUUCUGGUGUCCUACACAAUUCAGUGUGCAGACGAUGACCGGUUUAGGAUCGCAGGACUGGUCCGAGCCCCAGACUUAUACUUUCGACCUGCCUGCCGUGGAGGGCCCCUUCAACUUCGUGAACUCCGAAGGUUUAUUAUAUGAGGCCCAGGCCGUCAACGACUGCCUCGCCCAAGGAAAGGCGCAGUGCGACCAGUUCGACCAUCGGGAAAACCUCGCGGUCAUGGGGGUCCUCUCCGAGAUCCGCGGCCGCUGGGGCGGCUCCUAGUAGUAAGUAACAAUUAACAUCACAUGGCUUGGGGCGGU